CGCCAGUUUCCUGCCACUUCGGCGCCAAUUUACGAGGUUAGAAAAACAUUUGUAAAUGUAAUUUCAAACUUAGAGAGGAAUUAAUCUUUGGUCGUUUAACUGUAGCAGGGUCUGAACAACCGACAGACGCCGGGGUAACGUUAGAGAGACGGUCUCUUUGUACUUGUUGCGAACUGCAGUUACAGUUUCAUCAGCAGUUCUCAGUCAGGGGAGGAGUCGCGCACAUACUGAACCCACCUCCGAACAAACUAUUUGUGUGAUAAAUGAAGGAAUAACGGCCCCAAGAAGAUGAACAAGAGUGAAUAGAAGACGUUACACAGGACAAGAUAAGCUGGGACUUCACUUGGUUAAUAAAGGCUUUUAAACUGACCAUGCUGCUGCAGAGGCUGGCACUUUGUUCAAGGAUCCCACUGGACUCCCAGAGACACGUAUGCCGCUUGCUCAUCAGGCCACUGACACAAGCUCCCCAAGGCAGAGUCCAUGGCAGCUCCUUUGCCCACCGUGGUGAACUGCGUCAGGCUAAAAGGAUCGUAGUCAAGCUUGGCAGUGCUGUGGUCACUCGUGGUGAUGAAUGUGGCCUGGCUCUGGGGAGGCUGGCCUCCAUUGUGGAGCAGGUGGCCAUGCUGCAGAAUCAAGGCAGGGAGAUGAUGAUCGUCACCAGUGGAGCGGUGGCCUUUGGCAAGCAAAGAUUAAGACAUGAGAUCCUGCUGUCCCAGAGUGUCCGGCAGGCGCUGCACUCUGGACAUAAUCAGCUCAAAGACAUGUCCCUGCCAGUGCUGGAGGCCCGGGCCUGUGCUGCAGCUGGACAGAGUGGCCUGAUGGCCCUUUAUGAGGCCAUGUUCACCCAAUACAGCACUUGCACCGCACAGAUCCUGGUGACAAAUCUGGAUUUCCAUGAUGACCAAAAGAGGCAGAACCUGAACAGCACACUGCAAGAGCUGCUGCGCAUGAACAUCGUGCCCAUUAUCAACACCAAUGAUGCUGUGGUGCCCCCGCCGGAGCCCAACAGCGACCUGCAGGGGGUAAAUGUCAUCAGCAUUAAGGACAACGACAGUCUGGCGGCGAGGCUAGCUGUAGAGAUGAAGGCUGACCUGCUCAUCGCGCUAUCUGACGUGGAAGGACUGUACAACAGCCCCCCUGGAACAGAUGACGCCAAGCUCAUUGACAUCUUUUACCCUGGAGACCAGCAGUCAAUCACUUAUGGUACAAAGUCCAGAGUUGGGAUUGGAGGCAUGGAGGCCAAGGUCAAGGCGGCACUGUGGGCCCUGCAAGGUGGUACCUCAGUGGUCAUUGCGAAUGGAACCCACCCCAAAGUAACAGGUCAUGUCAUCACUGACAUUGUGGAAGGCAAAAAGGUGGGAACCUUCUUCUCUGAGAUCAAACCUGCUGGCCCAACUGUGGAGCAACAGACAGAAAUGGCACGUAACUCUGGAAGAACCCUGGCAUCGCUUCACCCAGACCAGAGGAGUGAGAUCAUCUGCCAUCUAGCAGAGCUGCUGACUGAAAGGAAGGAAGAGAUACUGGCUGCCAACAAGAUGGACAUGGAUCUGGCUGUUAAUGCAGGCCAUUUGCCACCAGCCAUGCUCAAGCGUCUGAGUCUUUCACCAGCCAAACUUAACAGCUUGGCCAUAGGUUUGCGUCAGAUAGCCGUGGCAGCCCAGGACAGCGUGGGUCGUGUACUGCGCAGGACCAGGGUGGCUCCCAGCCUGGAGCUGGAGCAGAUCACUGUGCCUAUUGGAGUUCUCCUGGUCAUCUUUGAGGCCAGACCUGACUGCUUGCCACAGGUGUCAGCAUUGGCAAUAGCCAGUGGUAACGCUCUGCUUCUGAAGGGAGGCAAGGAGGCAGCGAACACAAACCGUGUUCUACACCAGCUCACCCAGGAGGCCCUUUCCAUGCACGGAGUCAGAGAAGCUGUGCAACUGGUGAGCACUCGUGAGGAGGUGGAGGAUCUAUGCCGGCUGGACAAGGUGAUUGAUUUGAUUAUCCCUCGAGGUUCAUCCCAGCUUGUCAAGUACAUUCAGCGAGCCGCCAAGGGCAUCCCAGUGCUGGGUCACAGCGAGGGAAUCUGUCACGUCUACGUCGAUGCAGACGCCAGCAUCGACAAAGUUAUCAAGAUCGUCAGAGACUCCAAGUGUGACUACCCUGCUGCAUGUAAUGCCAUGGAAACUCUGCUGAUUCACCGAGACAUCCUGAGGACCCCACUUUUUGACCAGAUCAUUGACAUGCUCCGCACUGAACGGGUGAAGAUUCACGCUGGCCCUCGGUUUGCCUCCUACCUGACGUUCAGCCCAUCAGAGGCCAAGUCCUUGCGGACAGAGUACGGUGACCUGGAGUGCUGUAUGGAGGUGGUGGACAGCAUGCACGAGGCUGUGGACCAUAUCCACAAGUAUGGCAGCUCCCACACAGACGUCAUCGUCACGGAAAAUGAGGACACAGCAGAGCAGUUCCUGCAACAGCUGGACAGUGCCUGUGUUUUCUGGAACGCCAGCUCACGUUUCGCUGAUGGCUACCGCUUUGGACUGGGAGCAGAGGUUGGCAUAAGCACGGCACGUAUCCAUGCACGGGGCCCUGUGGGCCUGGAGGGGCUGCUCACCACCAAGUGGGUCUUGAGAGGUGAUGGGCACACAGUAGCUGACUUCUCUGAGCACGGCACCAUGAAAUACCUCCAUGAAAAUUUACCUAUUGGGCAGCCUUUAGCUGGACAGAGAGACAGCAACUAGACAAGAGACUUAGACAACACUCUGUUGGCCUUAACAUUGGUCAAAGUAGUUUGCAUUGCCUACCAGCAGCUCCCCAGCCGUUAUCUGCCAAUGGCUGAUGUCACUGUUUUAAACCACUGCAGCACAGAGAGAGAUACUCAGCAAGCCAAUGAUCCAUUUUAUCAGCACAAGUAGAACUUUGUCCCUGUUCAGCUUAUACUGAUGUUCAUUGACUAAAAGUCUACAUUCUACCUCAGCUUAUGAUUAUGUGGCAAUCAUUACGCAUAAUACCUUCACAAUAAGAUAUAACAUACUUGGAGAAACUUUUUUUUAAUAAUGCAAUCUCAGGACACAAUUUUCACACUAACACUGAUUCACAGACCCAUUACUUAAUUUAAUCUAUAAAAUGAUAAUGAAAAAAUAGAAUGUCAAAAUAUUCUUAAUAUUAAAAACUAUCCAAACCUUAAUGGAUUUGAGGUCAAGGGUCAGCAAAAGCAAUGAUUCUCUUUAGCAAUAAAAACACACCAUGUUCAGGAUGUCUAUGUUGUAUCUAUCUUUACAUUUUUUCUUAUCAUAUAUCGUAGUUUGUCCUCUCAAAAAAAAAAAAAAAAAAAAUCAAAAAUAAAUAAAUCAAGUUCUGGUUAUGAUCGUGCAGGUUUACUUUGGCUCAUUACCCACAAGGUUGAUACUGGUUAAACUGUGACUGCUUUAUUAGUUCAUACAACAUUUUAACAUAUUUAUCUGUAAUUCCAGGAUUAAUUUUUGUGUAUUUCUAAAUGUACAGGAAUUUUGACAGACUGAUAUCCUGGUUUUAUACCAGUACAAAGUGGCAUUUGACAGUAGAAAUGUUUACUUUCUCUAAAUAGUUUAACUAUUUCCAGUGUAUUUCAGAUUUAUAGAUUUCCUGUAUUAAAACUAAAUUACAGGAUUAAAAUUAAUGGUAUCAUAUUUGAUAUAGAAGUAUGAGGAAAUUUAUCAGUUGUGUUGCACAGCAGUACAAGUUAAAACGCACUUCAACUUGAAUGCAUCCAUUUUAUUUACACUUUUAUUUAUUUGAUCAUUGUUACAAGUCCUGUUCACUUUCCCAUUCUUUGCUGUUUUCCUGUUUGUUCCUUGUGGCGCCCAAAGCCUCUGUCAGAGCAGGAACAGUAAUUGACAAGCUGCCUCCUUCAAGCUGGAGGGGAGAACACAACUGCUUUUUAAAUUAUGCUCUGCAACAUUCCAGCCUCUGAGCUCCUAUCUGAUGUCUUGCAAUGCACACUUAAGGACUGGUUUGGGUUGGCUAA